AAGUGCUUUUGUUGAGCCGUGACGUACGGCUAAGGCGAUCUCAUGGAGGGAUGGAAGAAGGCCCUUUUGGUGGCUGGUGCAGCAGGCGCCGGAUGUGUCCUCUAUUAUCUCCUCCGAGAAGAACAGGAUACCAAGCAGCUACCAGGCGAUGAGAUCGAUGAGAAGGCCAAUCCUGAAGCCGAGCUGGCCAAGGUGCAGAAGCUUCUGGCGGAAAUGAUCAAGUCGCAAGAGUUGAUGCUGUACCACAUGAAGAACCUCGCACCUGUUGUGCGAACAAAGAAGCUUGAUUUUGAUGAGACCUACAAGUUGUUGAAGGGGGUGCAGCCCGAAGAUCCCCUACAGAAGAAUGGCCUGACGAUUGCAGAGUUUGACAGUUACCUGGACAAACACAUCAACGAUCCGAAGGUGAAGGAAGGUGUCCAGCAAUUGGUGACCCUGCAGAAUCCACAUGUGGCCCCGCAGGCUGUUGUGGCGUCAAGCGAACAAAUCAUUGAAGUGCACAAGUACAUGCUUGAGGAAGUUGAGAAGCUUGUCAAGCAGUUCAAGACCAAGUCAGACCGCGAGUCCUACGACCCCAAGACGGUUACCUUAACCGCACAAUCUCUGGUGGGUGCCAAGGUCGAAGAGAAGUUUGGCCUCACCUCCGAGGACAUCGAGCAUGCGGUGAUGCGGCACCACGAAGUGUUGGCAACUGAUAAGGAGUUCGCCAGUACUACCCUGCAGAUGCAGAAGAGAAUGAGCGAAUUGAUGGGUGUUGACAAAUCACAUGGUUGAGAAAUCAGAAGGUUCAAAGACUACUUCCUGAUGCCAGAGAUUCUGAGGUCAAGGGACCGCCGAGUGAAAAGCUCGACGAGCGAUGUGCGGAGGCGUUCAAUGUGCCGCGAUCGUGGAGAAAAAACCGGUCGUUUCUGUUUGAAUGGGAAGCGAAAAA